UCUGCUUGAUAAAUUGGAGCUGGCGUCGCCCCAAACGCACAGAAAAGAAAGGGGAAAGAGGGAAAGAAAGAACAAAAGCCAAUGACCAAAUUCCAAUGAUGAGAUGCAUGGGUUAUAAAGUCCGUUCUCUACACAUUUAUAGAGGUGUGGAAUAAGGUAGAUAUACAAAAUUACAUAGCCAUAAAUUGUGCAAAAUCUGCAUACCACAUACCGGUAUGUGUUGCAACAGUGUGGUAUAUUCAGCAGAAGACCUGAGAAACAAGUAGUGCGCAAUCCUGCAUGCAUCACGUCAAGUGUUCCUCUGAAUGGCUGGCGAAUAAACUGCACCGAAUGUUCUUGAAAGGGGGACGAGAGAGAGCAUAGAGGACUGGAUAUUCCCUUUAUACUUGCUGAUUGAAAUGCCACACAGUGUUUGAGAGUCUUUCUCCGACCUUAAAUGGUUAGGUGGGUGCAGUCAUAUCCCGGACCCGUGGCAUGCAUCCAAACAUUCAGAUUACUGCUGAGUUUUUGUGCCACAGGGUUUUCAGCGCUUUGCGCAGCAGCGUCGAGGGCGCGUUUUACGCACGAGAGAUAUUACUGCGAGUUUUGUGCAAUAUCCUCGCUUUUCAUACGGCAAGCCCCUCUGAACACAUCUUGUCAGUUUGUGUUUGCAAUGAUUGCCACGUACAAAGGCAGAAUCGGUUGAAAGAGCGACCGACAGCCUCGCCCAUCAAUGGCGCGGGCGGCAGCCUUUCUUCUCCACAAUGAUGUCCUUGUGAAGACGCCAUGUUGAACACGAGAGCAGCAGAGAAGCCAUUAAACAUCAGGCUAUUUCUGAGGUCGCUUUGGACAUAGGUCAGCAAUGAGAGGUGUCUAUAAUAAUGAUUUUUACACCUUUAUCUGCUUUUUUUCCUCCUGACAAUUAUAAUAAAUCCCCACAGGAAAAACAAUACUUGUAUUAUUAAAAUAAACUUGAAAGAUAAAUAUGAUUUUAAUGUUACAUGUUAAAACAAACGGACAGAAUAGUCCCAAAUCAUUUUUUCUCAAAUUAGGUCGUAUAAACCAUUACCUUCGGAAAGAUUUUUUUCUCUCUGUCUUCUGAAUGAUGAAGAGCGAGUGGAUUUCUCUUGUCAUUCUGUCUUCAGGAAGAGAAAGAGAGGGAUUGUUUGCAUAUUGCAAUAUCUAAAAGUGCCUCAAGAUUUCCAGCAGCUCCACUCGUUGGAGACUGCGCAGAUUGGUGUGUUUAAUGAUGAAUUAUGUCGAAAAACGACGGCUGAAACAUGGUUAUUGUCGUUUUUUCUUCCUUUUAGGCGUUGCAACCCAACCCCCUCUGUAAAGCCAGUGUUAAAGGAUCCGAAGAUGGGAAUGAAAACGUCCCUGUUUCUUCAUCGUUUAGGCCUGAUAGAAUUAUUUCAACAAAAUGUUAAGGUUUGGCGAACGGAAUGGAGAACAGCCAUCCUAUCUGCAGCUCGGGAGAGAAACGAAGUCAUCACUGGAGAAGUUACAAGUUGAUUAUUGACCCAGCGUUGAAAAAGGGAUCGCACAAACUGUAUCGCUACGAUGGACAGACCUUCAGUCUUCCGAACCCCGGGAUGUCACCCGUGGAUAGCGUUCGAGAUCCGAGAAUCGGUCGAAUGUGGACUAAGUACAAGGAGACUGAUCUCCCGGUUCCUAAAUUUAAGAUCGAUGAGUGUUACAUCGGUCGCGUGCCGCCGAAGGAGGUCACGUUCGCCAGACUCAACGACAACGUCAGAGAGGGAUUCCUCAGCGACAUGUGCAAGAAGUUCGGCGACAUUGAGCAGGUGGAGAUUUUGUACAAUCCGAAGAACAAAAAACAUCUCGGAAUUGCUAAAGUUGUAUUCGGAACCGUCAAGGCGGCGAAGGAUGCCGUGCAGAACUUGCACAACACGUCUGUCAUGGGCAACAUCAUCCACGUAGAGCUGGACCCUAAAGGUGAAAAUCGCCAAAGGUACUUCCAGCGUCUGAUCAAUGGAAGUUAUACUCCGCUCACUCUUCCAGUUGGUGGUGAAGAGGCCUGUGAAGUUUCUCCACGCAGCUUGGCUGAAGCCCUGCUGCCCUUGCGGAGACUGUCCGAAGGCAGUUCUUCUGCAGUCAUAGGCACAGCCACGCCAGGGGGCACCAACACCCCCAUGUCCCUGGAUACGGCCUACUCCAGUCUAAGGCAGGAUACGCCACAGUCCCAGGGUACCCCACACACCCCGCGUCCAUCAGGCACCCCGUUCUCUCAGGACUCCAGCUAUUCCAGCAGGCAGGGCACUCCGGCGUUCCAGUCGAACCGUGCUGAGUCCUCGGGAGGCUACAAGUCGAGACGGCAUGAAACCAAAUUCCAGGAUGCCUACAACCGAAGACCAGAGAGGCACUACGUCCACGGUACAGGAGGAGGGGCACAUCGUGGCAAUGCAGAGCAACCACCCAGUUUUAAGCAACAUCAGCCCCCCGAGCCACCGUCGCCUGCUUUUGCGCACACCCCGCCGCCACCAGCCAGUGGAAAUUUCAAGAAUGCUUUCUCUCCUUAUCAGCCCCCAAUGCCCCCAGUGUACACAGAACCCUCUUUCCACCAGCCUGUUCAGCGGGAAGUGGAUUAUAGGAAACCACCUCAAGCCCCGCCACCCCCCAGCACCGACUUCAUGCCCGUCAGAGACAGGCCCGCAACACCACCAACCCCUGAGCCGCCACCCCCUGCUCCAGAAGCCCGACCAGCCACACCUCCCCCCUCCACGCCGGAGCCCUGCCCGUCACUCGGCACCCCGACCCAGGACUCAGAGCGCAACAGCUUGGACUCGCGCAUAGAAAUGCUUCUGAAGCCCUUCCUGAACGAGCGCGGAGACUCGGAUGUCGAGGUUCGCAUGGACGGCAGUCCGAUCUCCUCCUCGUCCUCUCAGCUCUCCCCUAUUCCACCCCAGCGGCCCUCGCGGCCUGCAAGCACAGGCCUGGAGGACAUCAGCCCAACGCCGCUUCCUGAUUCAGACGAUGAUGAACCUAUUCGUGGUACUGCUUCCCUGUUGACAAACUCUAGGUCCAUGUCGCCCUCCAACAUGCACAGUAAAAAUGGUGCAGGAGAACCACGGACGCCUGUUGACAAAAUGGACACGGGCCAUCAGUCGUCAGGUGAAGACAUGGAGAUUUCUGAUGAUGAGAUGCCUGGCACACCGAUCACUAGCGGGGACUGUGCCAAAAACAUUGUGGUCAACUCUGCGAUGUCUCCGAUGCAGACCAUUCCCAUGCCCCCCCCAGGGUUCCCCCCACUGCCCCAUCCACAGGCUGGCUUCCCACUACCGCCACAUCAUCUUACAACUGUUACGCACCUGGCUGGCCCCCAUCCGAUGCUACACCCAUUGCACCCUUAUCCCCAUGGCAUGAUGCCCAUUAUGCAGAUGGACCUGAUGAGCUCCUUAUCACAGUGGGGCAGUGUUCACAUGUCCUUCCAGAUGCAAACUCAGAUGUUAAGCCGCAUGGCACAGAGCCAGCGGUCGUACCCUUACCCUCACUUCAUCAGCGGGGCUGCUGCAAGUGCUGGUGCCGCUGCCGCCGCAGCCAUGCAGUAUGGUGGCCCGUAUCCGCCUCUGUCUAUGGUUGGUGCACCUGCAGGCACUGUAGGUCAUGGGCAACCCUGGCCCCUACCCAACAUGCCCAAGUUCAACCCUGCUGUUCCCCCUCCAGGCUAUGAGCUCCAAAAGGAAGACCCACACAAAGCCACUGUGGAUGGAGUUCUUAUGGUUAUCGUCAAGGAGCUGAAGGCCAUCAUGAAAAGAGAUCUCAACCGAAAGAUGGUGGAGGUGGUGGCCUUCAGGGCAUUUGAUGAGUGGUGGGACAAACAGGAGCGUUCGGCUAAGGCUGCGCUCACACCUGUGAAGACAGGUGAGAUCAAAGAUGAGGAAAAAGAACGGGCCAAACCCAAAGAGACUAUAUCCUCUAGCUUACUGGAAAACUGGACCAAGGUUGAGGGUCUGGGCUUCGAGGGAAUGGGACUCGGCAUAGGCCUGCUCGGUGCCAUCCGAUUACCAUCCUUCAAGGUUAAGAGGAAACAGCCGCCUGAGCCAACAUCUACCAAUGACAAUAAGAGGUUACGUCCAUCCACACCUGUUGAUGAUGAGCUGGAAGAUGAAGAAAGAACAGAUCUUCGCAUGGACGGUUCCAGAGCAGAUGUAAGUGGUUCUUCUGCCAAGCGAAGACCAGCCAGACCUCUAGAGCUGGACAGCGAAGGUGAGGAGGAGGAAACCUCUGGCAAAGAGGAGUCAUCGCUUUCAGACCAUGAAGAAGAGCCAGUGGAGGAUGUCUCUGAGAGGUUGACCUCUGGCACGGAAAUGGAGGAAGAUGAGGAAAAGAAGAGCAAAUCAGACUCCAGUGAGAGUGAAUCAUCGGACUCAUCAGAUGACGAAUCUUCUAGCUCAUCUUCCUCUUCCAAAUCUGAUUCUGAUUCUUCUGGGAGCGAGAGCUCAUCUGACUACGAAUCGAGUUCAGGGGAGGAAGAAGAAGAAGAAGAAGAGCAGGCAGUGGCAAUUGAGGAUGAAGAUGAAGACGAUGCACAAACCUCAUCGACAUCCUCAUCUUCCUCAUCCUCGUCUUCUGAAGAGGAGGAUGUUGAUGUAAAAGCUCCUAGUACCCCCACAGGACCACCACCAGAAGAGGAACCAAAUGAGUUGGGCAGGCUGGAAGCAUUAGAUGAGGCAGAGAUCGAUCACAAACAUACUGUGGUGAGCUCAAUCAAGUCUGGAGUUGAAGACGUGUGGCCUCCAUCUCCCAAAGGAUUGCCAGCUGAUGAACCAGACGUUGAUUUGGCUGUCAGUAUUCCAGUGCCCAAAGCUGAAGCCACCCUGGAGGAUGUUGGUAGCUUGCGGCCACCCACCCCAACAGGUUCGUUUCCAGACAGUGAUCAGGACACCCAACCAAAGAGACCUGCAGAGGACUUUCCCCGUACCCCUGGUCGUGAUGGCCCGGUUCCCCUAGAAUCAGAGGCUGCAAUCCCUUGUUCUCUCCCUACGCCCUCAAUGCACCUUCCACUUCCCCCCAAUCAUGCUCUUGAAGCUCGAUCCCUUCUGCCGCUUCCUGAAGCUUUGCCGGAUAUGCCUGUCCGUGGGCGGUUGCCUACGGAAGAAGACAUCCCACGCACACCCGGGAGAGAUCUUAUGGACAGACCCCGGGGUUUGAGCAAGUCUCAGAGCACUGAUACGGUUCCAGUCACACCAGGUAGCGACACGCCACUAACAGGUAACAGCUUGAGCUCGCCGCAUAUUCUCGGCAGCCCUUUCUCUUACCCCGCUCAAUCCCCUGUCCUCAGCGCUGGUAUCCCUCGGACUCCGGGUAGAGAUUUUACUUUCACCCCAGCUUUCUCUGACUCUGCUGCUUUAUCUGCAGGCCUUCCCAUUCACAGGAAGGCCUCGUCUGAGAGCUUGGAGGAGAAGUCUCUCUUUAAAGAGCCUCUACUCAGCGCCUCUCCCCAGGCCAUCCUUCUGCCUAACAAUGCCGUUUCUUCCCCACUCCCUGGUCCUCCCCUUCCUGCUGCUUCACUUCAGGAGCCACCUCUGCCUCCCCAAGGCUCCUCUCCUACUUCUGUUGAGACUUCCUUUCCUGCUGCUCCAAAAGACCUUCCUGUUCCAAUGAUAGAUGUUCCUGUGCCCUUAGAUACUACUUCAAGCAGGAAGAAACCAGGACGCCCCAAGUCUAAAACGAUACCUGUGGCGACCCCUCCAGAUUCUGAAGAGCCUCCAGAUCCAAUGGUGGCCUCUUCCCCUCCAGAUCUACCAGUAAAAGAUCUGUACCCAGACCACCCUUCAGAGACCUUCAAAAGAGAAGAUGGUGACUCCACAGCAUUGGAGGAAGAUGAAAACCAAACCCAGACGGUCAUACCUGAGGCGGAAGACAGGUUGUCUUACGUCGAGGAACCUGUUCAGAAGACGCGCAGACAGAGGCGGGGCUGGCAAGAGUUGUUGUUGUCCAUGCAUUCUCCUGUGACAUCACCGCACCGCCCCAGCUUCCUACCCCGCUCAGAUUUUGAGGAGAUGACCAUCUUGUAUGACAUCUGGAAUGAUGGCAUUGAUGAGGAGGACAUCCGCUACCUGAAAAUAACUUACGACAAGAUGCUGCAGCAGGACAAUGGCAACGACUGGCUCAACGACACCCUCUGGGUCCACCAUCCUCCUACCAACAUGGGCAGCACAUCAGGACUGAAAAAGAAGCGGAAAGAGGACGGUAUACGCGACCAUGUCACCGGCUGCGCCCGCAGCGAAGGCUAUUACAAAAUCGACAAGAUAGACAAAAUGAAGUACCUGAAUAGCUCACGCCUGCAGUCUGAGGAGCCCGAUGUGGACACUCAGGGGAAGAGUAUUCCAGCACAGCCCCAAGUGUCCACUAGGGCAGGUUCAGAGCGACGUUCUGAACAGCGCCGGCUGCUGUCGUCCUUCAGCUGCGACAGUGACCUCCUCAAAUUCAACCAGCUCAAGUUCCGUAAAAAGAAGAUCCGGUUCUGUAGAAGUCACAUUCAUGACUGGGGAUUGUUCGCCAUGGAACCUAUUGCUGCCGAUGAGAUGGUUAUCGAAUAUGUCGGCCAGAAUAUCCGACAGGUUAUCGCAGACAUGAGAGAGAAGCGCUACGAGGAAGAAGGCAUCGGCAGUAGCUACAUGUUCCGUGUGGAUCAUGAUACCAUUAUAGACGCAACCAAAUGUGGCAACUUCGCCCGCUUUAUCAAUCACAGUUGCAAUCCAAACUGUUAUGCCAAGGUCAUCACUGUGGAGUCGCAGAAAAAGAUCGUCAUCUACUCCCGGCAGCCAAUAAAUGUUAACGAGGAGAUCACCUACGACUACAAGUUCCCCAUCGAGGAUGAAAAGAUACCGUGCCUCUGUGGUGCAGAGAACUGCAGGGGAACCUUAAAUUAACCCCAGUGGAUAGGUGAAAACUUUCUUAAAAACCAUGCACUGCCCAACAACAAGCCCAGACACCCCGUCUUCUGGAUCUACAGAGGAAAUAGUGGGUGAAAUACAACACAUCCACUGGAUAUAUCGUGCAGCUAAGUGUCUGGGACUUGAUUAUUGUACUUUUUCAUGAUUGUUUACGAAUUACAGGUGCUCUUUCAAGCAUAAAAAAUGAGUUUUCUACCACUCUUCCAUAGACCUCUAUGGAAAUGGACUUAGUUUGUCCCCUAAAUGUUUGGGCACUCACUUCACGGUCUGCCCAUUUGGCGCAGUUUGCCCUUGCCGUGGACUUCCGGCUCCUCGUUAGUCCCCUUUUCCUCUGCGGUUUAGUUAUGGAGAGACCUCCCCGUCCCUGAACUCGGACCCGAAACACUUUAAGCUGCUCACAUCUGUCCCACAUGCACAAAAGUAAAAAAAAAAGCUUUGGUCAGGUUUUUUUGUCUUUGUCCUUCCAGCCCAACUUGUAUGAAGUUCAGUUUUUUGUCGGACUUCACUGUAACAAGCCCACAAGGUUUAGAAUUCAUCGUGACACUAACCAUUGUUGGGGGAAUUGGGUCAGUUGUCUUCAAUUUGCAGAACAUUCAACAAAAGCACACCUGCGCCGGCCACAAAACAAAUCAGUAGAAAAGAUCCACAGCUCAGGCAAAUUUACACAAAGCGAAACGCUCCUAGGAUAUUUCAGCCAGCGCUGCAUGUGGCACCUACGGAUUGGACCUUUUUUAAAGGAUCAAAAGCAAAACUAACAAUACACUACACUUUAUUCUUUCAUUUAUUCAAGCCAUUUUUACAACAUCUCUGUGAUCUUUGGAUUUGAGUGUGUUUGCUGCCCUCUAGCUUUUAUAAGGUGUAAAGGCAGAGAGCUGCUUGUUUUCAGUCAGAUUCCACUUUAAAGCUGUACAGCUUAGUAUUAACUCUGUGUUUGGCAUGUCAGCUCACUAUUUCAGCAGAUGAACAUGCAGAGGUCCAAUUGGCUUCAUGCAUAUUCAGGCACUAGUGCUGAAUUUUCUAUUACGGAGCAAAUCUCACCAAUAUGUUGCUGCUAUUCUGCAAACGUAUGUCCCGGAUUUUCUCCACCGGUUCACUUUAAGAAUCGAAAUCCACCUGCACUGGUUUCAGCAUGGGUUUUCAUAGUAUUAGGAGUUCUCUGUGAGUGCGGUAACUGGUGCACAGCACUGAAGCUUAUCAAAAAGGUUGGCUAGGCACCAAUUCCACUAAUAAAUCUAAUCUAAGUAGAUGCACGAAUGUUUAGGAUAUCAGACCCUGGAGUAUUAGGUAUGUCAACCUGAAAACGUCAGCAGUGGACCCAGAAAAUCAAGUUCAAGUCGAAUGCAGUGCCAAAUUUGAACUUUAAUGUGUCAAAACUCCAAAGGCGAACCCUCUUCCAUUCAUCUCCUCCUAUGUGUGUGUUUUUGUACGAAUGACCUACGUUCACUGGUACUUUGGGUGACCCUUUUGAGGUCCUUCUGCAUUUUGCUCAGUAUUUAAUCAUCAGAAAGUUUGAAAAGCUAUUACAGCCUCAUUCAGCCAAAUUUCCCUUUGAGAGCAGAAGACUUUCUGAUCUGCAAGGCAGCGUGGUCACUUGCUUUUCUUUUGUGAUUUGGUUAUGUUAAUAAAUGCACUAGAGGCUUCCAACCCCCAUCAAGACAAAUGGCACUCACAAGACCAAGCUAUGAAACGUGUCCUUUACAUUAGUUCACUCACAGGGUAAGGUCUCCCAGCUUUUUGUUGUUUUUAUUUUUAAAUAUGUUUAUAUUGUACAGGAUAAUAAUGGUUUGUAUUGAGGAAUGAGACUUUUUUUUAAAAUCACAAUGGGGAGCGAUAAUGCAUCAUUCUGCUUUUAUGAGCGACAAAUGGAGUAUUUAAAAUUAAUAUUUUUCAGGGAUCAUUAUAUGAAAAAGAGGGUUGAAUGGCUAAUUUAAAGAAAAUGAUGCAUCUUGUACAUAAAACAGAUUUGUACUUCCUUUUGAAAGAUUGUUUCUUGUAGAAACGUCUUUUUUUUUCCUGCCCAUUUUCCUUUGGAUUCUUAUGUGUAAAUACUUUAACUGUGAAUAUAUAAAUAUAAAUAUAUAUAUAUUUUUGUUCCUGAGGAUUUGCUACAGCGUCACAGCUCAGGAAGGUCUGUCUGACAGUGAGUACAGAGAGCUGCUGGCAGUAUUUUCAGCUUGUGUCAAGCUUUAUUUUUUAUUUUCGGUUGUAAAUUCUAUGAAAAUCUGUUUGCAGUGUGGGGGAAAAGCAUUAUCAUUCAAAAAUGGCAAGGGAGAUUGGCGAAAUUGACCUUUAGCCCGUCUAUUUAUUAUACCACAAAUGUAUGAAAAAAAGAUCAUGGAAAAAUAAAGGAUUUUUUUUCAA